CUCGGGGCGUCCCUCGGGGCGGCACGGGGACACCGCAGCGCCCGCGGGCCCUGCGUCAUCAGCGCCGCGAGCUUCAAAACGCGGCGCCGAGGCGGCCGGGGAGGAAGUGGGAGCCGAGCCCGGCACCAUGGCGGAGCUGGAGCAGCUGCAGCAGCGCAACAUCCCAGCCGGCCGGCAGGUCCUGCGCGACCAGCACUGCAACCUCCUCAGGGUCGCCGACUACUGCGAGAGCAACUACCUGCAGGCGAGCGACAAGCGGAAGGCGCUGGAGGAGACGAUGGCGCUGAGCACGCAGUCCCUGGCCAGCGUGACCUACCAGAUCAACAGCCUGGCCACCGCCUUCCUCCGGCUGCUGGACCUGCAGGCGGCCGAGCUGCGGAAGGUGGAGGCCGACGUCAGCUGCGUGGCCCAGAGGGUUGACAUACACAAGGAGAAGGUGUCUCGCCGGGAGAUCGGCUCGUUGACCAUCAGCAAGAGGUUCCCGUCCUACCAGAAGAUCAUGGCCCCCCCCAGCCAGCCCUGCCUGGAGCCCUACUACAGGAAACCCCUCAACUUCAGCGUCCUGGAUGACAUCGGCCACGGCAUAAAGGACCACAGCACCCAGCUGUCCCGCACGGGCACCCUGGCGCGGAAGGGCACCAAGUCGGCGGCGCAGGCCGCAGGCACCCUGGGGAGAAGCGCCCGCGUCCCCGAGCCCAUCCAGCCGCCCGUGGUCCCCGAAGGCAAGCUCUCCGCGGCCUCUUCCACCGCCUCGCUGGUAUCCGUCAGCUCCAGCGGGGCCCCGGCAGCCCCUGGUGACGGCAUCCCCGCGCCCCCGCCGCCCCCCUCUCUGCCGGGGCCACCCCCACCGCCCGCGGCUGCCAUCCCGCCGCCCCCACCGCUGCCCGGGGACCUGCCCCCACCACCCCCGGGGGACCUGCCCGUGCCCCCGCUGGACCUCCUGCCCCCAGGCCCCGAUGACCUCGAGCCGCCGCCGCCAGCUUUGCCCGACUUUGAGGAUUUGGCCCCGCCACCGCCACCUGUCGCAGAGGACCCCCCCUGGGCCCCGGAGAGCUACCUGGGGAAAGUGGUGGCCCUCUACCCCUACACGCAGCAGAAGGACAACGAGCUCUCCUUCCAGCCCGGCGCCCUCCUCUUCGUCACGCGGCGCUACUCGGACGGCUGGUGCGAGGGUGUCAUGGGCGAGGAAGCGGGUUUCUUCCCCGGCAACUACGUGGAGCCCUGCUGAGCGCUGGGCACAGGUGCCCCCCCCGGCACCCCCAGCCCGACUCGGCCGCAUCCUGCUCCUGCUCCGACUCCGCUUUGCCUUUGAACCUUGGCUUUGCGCAGCUGGGGUUUCGCGCAGCUUGUGUGGGCAGCCGGACUGGGUACCACCGCUGGGUACCACCGCAUCCCGGCAGCAUCCGUCACCCAGAGCAUCCCCCGCCGCCCGCUCUCCCGUCUCCCUGUUCCGUACGUUUUCCACGAGGGCAGCACGGGCUGCUGCUGCCGCGGGGAAGGUUUAGCCCCGGGGCCCCGCGGCCGCCGGAAAGGCCGAGGUCUGACCCUGGCGAUGCCCCUGGCCCUGCGGGAGGAGCGAGGGCGGCGCAGGACCAAAGCGCAGGACCAGGAGACGGGGCCAAACACCCGCAGGGACAAGAAGAGCCGCACCCGGCCGCGUCCCCAGGGACCCUGCCUGCUGUCCCCAUCAGAGACAGAGCGGGGGAUGAGCCAGGGCC